AUGUCUGACCAGAACUCUUUCUCUCUCCCAUCGCGAUCGAAGCGAGCCCUCGACACAGAAGAGUCCUCGUCAUUUGUCGCUGCUUCGUCGGGCGAAGCUAGUUCGCCUGCUGUUUCAACCCUUGCGAAGGUCGACGACGAGGCACCUGGGACCGCGAAGCGACCGCGAGUUCAACCUGCUUCCCCUUCUGCCCCCACAACUCCUCCCCGUGGCGGACGUACUUCCAUGGGCCCACCCUCAUCACCAGUGUCGACUCCACCGCAUGGUAGUGGAUCACGCAACGUCUCAAAGGGCUCGGCCGCCGCUACUUCAUCUCCAGGCACUCGUGGUUCUCCGCGAACGUCAGCGGUCUCCUUCGAAGAAGACACCUAUCCAUUGUUCAACCCCGAUAGGUCGGUCGAGAAGCCAUCGCCUGGCAGGAAGAUUCUACCAGCAAUUGCUCCGAGCAAGAAAGCAUCACCGAAGUCUCCCGCAGUCGCGACUCGUCCCAUGCCUACUGCCAGCGAGCCCUCCUCCCCUUCUGCGGCUAUCAAGCAAGGUCGCACAGGCGUGCCUGGCAAUGCUGGAGCCGGAGGUCAACAGCGCGAGGAUCGAGACGAUGCCGCUGCCAGUGAGGACCCUUUUGUCGAGAAAUGA